AUGAGUGAUAAAGAGUGUGUAGUUUGUGGUGAUGGAGCAUUAGGCUAUAACUUCGGUGCCCUUACGUGUGAGUCCUGUCGUACAUUCUUCAGACGAAAUGUUACCAGGGUUCAGGAAUUUGAAUGCUUUUUCAAUAAAAAAUGUGACAUCAAUUAUUUGACACGAAAAUUCUGUAAAAAGUGUAGAAUCGAGAAAUGUUUUGCUAUGGGAAUGAAACGGGGUAUGUUUCACUUUGGAAGAGACCGUAGAAACAUAAGUAAUCCCAUAAAGCAUUCAACUGAUAAGGAAUGCCCUCAGGUUUCGACCGUAAGUUCGGCCACAGAUUUGAUUGAUAUGAAUGGGAUUGAAGACGACUACAGUAUAGUCAAUGACAUCCCAUCCUUAAUAAGAGGACUGAUCUUUAACUUCAAUGAGUUAGAGAUGCAUCGAUUGAAGCAUUUAUUCAGUUCAACCGCUUAUAUGAGAGAUCCAAUCGUAACAAAUGUCACCAAAACAGCCACAUAUAGCGAUGCCUUCAAAGUAUUGCGAAUGCGAUCAGACAUGAAAUGCCAAAAAAUUAUCAAAAUGUGUAAAAAUAUCAAUCAAUUUAAAGAGUUGUGUGAAGACGACAAAAUCAUUUUACUAAAGACCUCGAGUCCAGAGAUUGCUUGUUUGUAUAAAGUGGUCAACUUUAAUGUCCAGGGACAGUUCUGGACGGUUCCCAUUGACUCGGAUAACGGCCUUAUAAUACCAUUAGAUAUACUAAAACUGCAACAGAUGACUUACAUGUAUUUACUUCAACGCUAUUUGGAGUUAAAAUAUAACUCUAAGAGCCCUAACUUCGGUGCCCUGGCCUGUGAAUCGUGUCGUAUAUUCUUUAGGAGAAAUGCCACCAGAGCUCAGAAAUAUACAUGCUCAUUUAAUAAUCAAUGUGCAAUAAAUCAAUUGACACGAAAAUUCUGUACAAAGUGCAGAAUUGCCAAAUGUUUUACUAUAGGGAUGAAAAUAGAAUCAAAAAGAAGUUAUAAACGGAAAAGUAUGAAAUAUAUGCUAAUGUAUGCAAAUGCUAAUAAUAUUAAUAAUACAAAUCAACCGAUGAUUUUAAAUACGGUUGACAACAGUUGCGAGUCUAUUGCGAAUCCGAUGGCAUCCCUCAUAAGAGGUCUUAUAUUCAACUUCAAUGAGUUAGAGAUGACUCGCUUUAAACGGUUAUUCACGUCAACCGCUUAUAUGAAGGAACCAAAGGUAAUGAGGAGGACUACAUCCCAAGUGACCAAAUGCUCGGAUGGCGUGAAUGUCUUGCAAACGAGAACUGAAACCAAAUGUCGAAACAUUAUCAAAAUGUCCACAAAUAUGAGUGAAUUCAAUGAUCUCUGCGAAGACGAUAAGAUAACACUCCUGAAGAAGGGCUGCCAUGAGAUUAUAUGUCUGUUAACUGUUGUUAACUUUGAUUUCAAAUGCGAUUCCUGGAGGGUUCCCAUU